AUGGCUACUCAGCAACGAUGGCUGACUGCGCCCCCGUCGGCACAUACUGUUCGUGUUCGGCUUAUCAAAGAUCUUGGAUUAAUGAGUAUACCUUCAGCUCUCUUCAUAGAACCAGUAGCUGAAGGCCAUGAAGUUUUUAAUGGACCAGAUAUGGCAUAUCUGAUUGAAAAUGAGAACCUUGGGAAAAAAGCCGUCUUUGACUUGGGCGUUCGGAAAGACUGGUGGAAUUUACCACCCAAAGUUCGAGAUUCACUCGCCUUCUGUGUUGGAGUCAAGGUUGACAAGGACGUUCCAGAUGUCUUGAAGGAGAGCGGUGUACCAUUGGACGCUAUCGACGAUGUAAUCUGGAGUCAUUCCCAUUUGGAUCACCGAGGGGAUGUAUCGCUUUUCCCACCCAACACUACUUUGAAUUAUGGGAAAGAGAUGGUGGUUAUGAAACCGGAAAUCACAGGAAAUGAAGAGGCAGUUUUCCUCUCGUCCGAUUUCGCUGGGCGUCAUAAUAAUGAGAUUGACUUCAGCAAAUCCACGCUCAAGAUUGGGGGAUUUCGUGCCCUCGACUUUUAUGACGACGGGUCUUUCUACCUUUUGGAUACUCCUGGCCACGAUCAUGGCCACUUGAGCGCUCUGGCUAGGACUACAAGCUCCAAAGCUGGACAUGGAAAGGAUACGUUUAUCCUCCUGGCUGGGGAUGCCUGCCACUUUUGCGGCGUCUUGAGGCCAAAUUGUUCGCAGCCAUUUCCUCAUCCUCAUCUUCCGGAUUCUGCUAUUGGAGUUUCGGAUGUCGAAAAUGCGGAGUCGCUGUUAAGACGCCAUCCGAAAUAUCAGCAGUCGCCACUUGCCGCGGCUGGAUUGGUCGAAGAAGCUCGCGUAAACCCAUGGUAUGGAAUCGCUGCUGGGCAGCUAUCCACGUUCUUGGACCCGGAACUUGGCCAAAGCACUGCGAGUACUAUAAAAGACGCUUUUGAUGAAGCCGAAAAUGUCUUUGUCGCGCUCUGUCAUGAUCUCAGUCUGUUGGCUGAGGAUAGCGGAAAACCAGUGUUGCCAACACUAAACGAUGCUCCCCAAAGAGAUUUGAAUGGCUGGUAUGAGAAUGGUUGGAAGGACAAGCUGUACUGGACGUGGGUUAGCCAGUUGGGUAAAGAAGAUACGAAUGGAAGCAUUCAAAUGCGGGAGCCGCUGGUCACCGGAUUUUGGAUGAAUGGGAAGAAAUACGAGAAAGCGCAAGAGGUGUUUGACAAAGCGUUGAAAGAGUAG